CACUCUCUCGUUUUCACAAAUUCUCCUUUCUCAUUUCUGAUUCUUCAGCUUGAUUGCGUUUCUUGAAGAAAAUGUCAAAUUACGCUUUUUAAUCUUUUACUAGUUGAUAAUUUCUUUAGAUUAAAGAUUUUAGGUUUAGUCCUUUUUCUUCUAAUUGUUAUUGAUUUUUUUAUUGUUGAUGAUCAUGAUGGAGAAUUCCUCAAUAAGUGGAGUUCAUGAUUUCAAUAUGGCUUCAAGAAAAGCUGGAGAAGCAGCUUUGAGACGCUAUGAGGCGACGCAGUGGCUAGAAAGUCAAGUUGGUCCUCUUGGAAUAUCUAAGCAACCCUCGGAGAGGGAACUUGUUUCUUGCUUGAGAAAUGGUCUAAUUCUUUGCAAGGCUAUUAACAAGAUUCAUCCCGGAGCAGUACCGAAGAUAGUAGAUACUCAAGUACCAAUGCAAUCACUUGCCUGGGAUUCUCAGCCUUUGCCUGCCUAUCAGUAUUUUGAAAAUGUUCGCAACUUUAUUAAUGCUGCCGGAGAAUUAAAGCUUCCAGCUUUUGAGGCUUCUGAUCUCGAAAAGGAGAGUGUAGAGAAUGGAUCUGCUGGAAAAAUUGUUGAUUGCAUUCUAUCACUGAAAUGGUUUCAUGAGUCCAAGCAGAUGAACAACCAGAGUGGACCCAGCAAACGCCUGAAAUCUCCUUUAGUUAUGCAAUCAAUUAAUAGAAUGCAACAAAGAGCCACAACUGCAUUACCCUCUGAUGCAUGCAGGCGCUUGGAUUUGUCUGCAACAUCUGAAAAUAAGCCUCCUGCUGAGAAUAAUUUUCAAACACGAGAAGAAAAUAUGGAAUCACUUGUCAAGAUACUAGUUGACCGAAUGCUUGAUGCCAAAGAAAAUGUCGAUGGAAAGCUUGUUGCUUCUAUUUGUAAUGGAGACCUGUCUUUACUGCAGGAUCCAAUAAACCUAUUUAAUCAGGUUUUGAUUAAUUGUUGUGGGGAACAGCCAUCUACGAAAUUCCCUGAGUUGCCAUUGCUACUAAAGAAUUUUAUUAAAGAAGGGAAUAGCUUACCAACUCAUCUCACUACCAAAAGCACAGAGUCAGAUGCUUUCUCUGCACCUAAAAGUUUAAAGUGUUCCAGAGCUUGCCUUGGAAAGUGCACAUGCAAUCACAGGCUUCUCAUAGACAUACAAAAAAAAGAACUUCAGGAUCUUAAGGCUUUGAAGUUGAGAAUUAAGAGUGAGUUUGAAGAGAUGCAAUCACAGGUUCAGAGGUUUUUCAAUGAUAUAGGAAGUCAAGUAAAUGAGAUGUCAGCCAAAGCUGUUGGGUAUCACAAAGCAGUGGAAGAGAACAGAAAAUUAUACAACAUGGUACAAGAUUUGAAAGGUAAUAUCAGAGUAUAUUGCAGAAUCAGACCUGCGUUCAGGGCCGAAUCCAAGAAUGUGGUUGAUUUCAUUGGUGAAGACGGUUCUCUAUUCAUUUUAGAUCCAUCAAAAACAUCAAAAGAUGGAAGAAAAUCUUUUCAGUUUAAUCAGAUUUUUGGUCCAACAGCUGGACAAGAUGAGGUUUAUAGAGACACUCAACCAUUAAUUAGAUCUGUGAUGGACGGUUACAAUGUCUGUAUUUUUGCUUAUGGUCAAACUGGAUCGGGGAAGACUCAUACCAUGAGUGGUCCUUCAGGUGGAACAUCCAAGGAUAUGGGGAUUAAUUAUCUGGCUCUUAAUGAUUUAUUUCAUAUGUCUAAUGAAAGGGAGGGUACCAUAAAGUAUGACAUUUAUGUCCAAAUGGUUGAGAUUUACAAUGAACAAGUCAGAGACCUACUUGCAGAAGACAAAACAGAAAACAAAUUAGAGAUCCGGAGCUGCAGCGAAGAUGGUUUAAGCCUUCCAGAUGCUAGAUUGCGGUCUGUGAAGUCUACUACCGAUGUUAUGAUCCUUAUGAAACUUGGCGAGGUUAACCGUGCUGUCAGUUCUACUGCAAUCAAUAAUAGGAGUAGUCGCUCCCACAGUGUACUUACUGUUCAUAUUAAUGGCAAAGAUACAACUGGAAACUCCAUUCGCAGUUGCCUUCAUUUAGUAGAUCUUGCCGGAAGUGAAAGAGUGGACAAGUCUGAAGUCACAGGAGAUAGACUAAAGGAGGCACAAUAUAUUAACAAGUCUCUUUCUUGUUUGGGAGAUGUGAUCACCGCACUGGCUCAAAAGAAUUCUCACAUUCCUUACCGGAACAGCAAACUCACACUUCUUUUGCAGGAUUCCUUAGGCGGACAUGCUAAAACUUUGAUGUUUGCGCAUGUGAGUCCCGAAGCAGAUUCCUUUGGUGAAACAGUGAGUACUCUAAAGUUUGCUCAGAGGGUUUCCACUGUGGAACUUGGGGCAGCUCGAAUAAAUAAAGAAAGCAGCGAGGUUAUGCAACUCAAAGCACAGGUUGAGAACCUUAAGACUCAAUUGGCCAACAAGGAAAAUUCUAAACCGAUGUUCAAUAGAACUAAAGAACCUCGGACUCCAUUAGAAAAAACUCCACUGCGACCUCGAAGACUUAGUAUUGAAAAUAAAAGUGGAGCCAAGUCACCUUCUUACGUUGCUCGUUCAAGAAGACUAAGCUUGGAAGGUGCAAGAACUAUAAAAAAGGCAUCUGUUGAUGUAAACAAAACUUUGCAAUUUGACCUAAUGUCUCAACAGAAAUAUCAUCCACAGCAAGAUCCAAAAGCAGCAGUGUCAAAGCUAAAUGGCCAAUUGAGCAAUGAAAGUUCCAUAUCAGAGUUGCAUGCUGAGGAUAAAAGUGGAGCCAAGUCCUCUUCUUACAUUCUCCGUUCAAGAAGACUAAGCUUGGAAGGUCCAAGAACUAUAAAAAAAGCAUCCGCUGAUGUAAACAAAACCUUACCGUUUGACCAAUUAAGCAACGAGAGUUCCACAUCAGCGUUGCAUGCUAAAGUUCCUCCAAGUCCUGCAAAUAUCUAUCCGAAGAGUUUGAUCGAAGUUGGUAGUGCGCUCCAAAUCCACACUCCUAAACUACCUCAAACGCCCGAAUCAACACUGCUAGAUAAAAAUGAUUCAAACAGAGUGCCAGGUGACCUUGCUGAUUCCAUAACAGCAAAGGGAAAAGGGUCACAGUUUAGAAGAUCCCUGAGAACAAUUGGGAAACUGAUUAGUGGCCCUGAUAAAAGAAGCCAACAAACUACGGUUGAAGUGAAGUCACCUACCAAGGGAAGCAUUCAAGAAAGUCAGAUAAAGUCGCCAGUAGCAACUAGUGAGAGGACAAAAAGGAGGCAAUCUUUAACAGGAAUUCCAUCCGGGCCUAACAAUAGGCGAAGAUCCUCUCUUGGAGGAGGGAAGCCAGAUCCUGUAGCAUAUGAGAAGGAUGAGAAGGAGAGAAAUGCCAGAACGCCUCCUCCUGUUCGUUCAGAAAGCAAGACUGCAAAAAGGUGGCAAUAGAUGAUAAGUGCUUUGACUUGAAGCACACCAACAUGCUCCAAUUUGGUUGGAGUUUUUCUGUCUUUACAUCAACAAAGAUACCUUUGUUUUUACAAUUUUAUUUGGGGGAGGAUACUUUAACUAAAAUAUUACCAAAAUGACAAGAUACGGUGUAGAUAGGUUUGGUAAUUUUUGGAUUUUGGUGACUUUGUAACUUCUAUUCGGCUCCCUUAAAACCAAUCACUACCUCAACAAAUAAUUUAUUUUAAUUA